AUGCCACAUCGUAGCUGUUAUGUUGAGAUUAACAACAACUCUGGCAGCUACACUCUCUGCAAUCCAAGGGUGUUCACUGAGAGCGGCUGCUGUGAGGACCCUCUGCCACCCAUGGUGGGUCCCUGCUCCACUGCCAGCGCACUGUUCAACAAGAUCACCGGUGCUGCGACCGGAGCAGUCGGCGUCUUCACCUAUGACCUUUUCAACACCGACCUGAAUGACUACAGCCAUGUCAUGGCUAUCAUGUUCUCUGUACCCUUCGACCGAAACCUCUACUCCAACUGGUUUGCUGUGGGGAUCUUUGAUAGAGGAAGCAACUGUGACUACAAUCUUUAUGAUAUUAUGUAUAAUGGAAGUGAAAAUAAUUUUGUAAGAGCAAAGGCUGAUGGCUCUUGCAUUUCUUAUGAGGGCGAUUAUGCUAUUGUUAGUGCCUCCAUGUCAGACUCAGGUGAAGCAGUCCUGAAAGUGGACAUCAGCGAUACUGGCAUGUACUAA